UCCUUUGAAAUUCACGUUCUUUUUCGAUUGCUCUAAUUUGUGAGCUUUAGAAAUCAAAUUUACCACUUGUGGUUUCAUCCUUAAACAAAUUUAUUGUGUAAUUGCAAAAAAAAAAGGUAUUGGCGAUUCGAUCGAGGAUUCUCGUAUUAUGAACAGGUUAGUCCACAAUUUAGUAGUUACUGCAACUAAACUAAAAAACGAAACAGGACGUUUAACACUUGUUAGUCAAAAUAAGUUGUCAGAAAACAUUUUUAUAAUCAUCUACAACCUCGGGAUAACUGGACAAGAACUAACGACAGAGGAGCGUGCCACCAUUGGACCUCUACUAAAAGAAAUCCUUCCGCCAUUGGAACAUUUCUUGUUCGAUCUCGGUUUACGUUUUGAUCCAGAUCGUGGUCGUUAUUAUCUUAUUUUGCGAUCAGGGAUUCAAUUCCUUUUCGACACGUUCAACAGUUUCCCGGUAAACGACGACGAAGUACUGGAACACUCAUUCAAACUCAUCGAAGAAUCAGAGAGCUUGCAGACUUUGGACGAAGAACUUAGCAACUGGAAAGACAACCCUGUCACAAGCCUAGAAUCUGUUCCUCACUCUCCGGCUGACUUAACGAAACCCGUGGGCGUUCCACACACCCACACCUGGUGGUACUGAAAACGUAUGGUUAGAAAAGCUGCGUUUUUCUUCAGCAUUUCAGAAUACAGAGAACAAAAACAACGAAACAAAAAGAAAUAUUUUUUUUACAUCGCCGCCUCAAAUUUGCAACGCCAUGGAAAAGUGGAGGACUACAGCGCAAUACACCCAACAGGAAUUCGCAAUUUGUAUGGGGGAUAGAAAAUGGGAGAAAUAUAGUAUACCCGAACACGACGAGUACCUCUGGAAGAAAAUUGCGUUCGCCAUCGCAGGUCCGCCCUCGUCAACAAAUCGGACUGAAAAUUAUGGAUAUACUAAGGAUCAGGUGGAAGGCAUUUCAGAAAUAAAAGGGAAAUGUAUCGAGUACUGCAAGAAGCAAGGAUGGAAGGACGUUUACAUCGCCAUGAUUUUCGUAUGCGCAUACAACAGCGAAGGACAGCAAAGAGUUGCUCCGCUCAUCAGGCUAAAGCGUGGUGAUGGAAUUAAAACAGGAUUGUCUUACUUUAUCGACCAUUACGGGCGUGUGUAUGAAGGGUACGAAAACUUUUUGGCGAACAACAUGUUCAACGGAUGGUGGAUCUGUGUUCCGAAAAAUGCCGAGUACACGUUUUCGAAUGAGAAUUCAGUAGAAAUCGAGUUCUACAACCAAUCAGAACGGGGAAACGUACUCCAGGCGCUCGACAAGGUGUCGACGGUUGCAAAUGUUACAACGAGUGUGGCUUUGGCUGCUGGAGUCGUUAUGUCUGUCAUUCCAUUUACUGCACCAGUCGGGUGGUGGAUUGUGGCGGGCAGCAGCAUUGCUGGAGCUCCAGGAGCGCUAUACGUAACCGGAAGAAGCGUUGGGACGCUGAUAGACAGAGGUGCACAUGACCAGUCGAUCAACCCAUUCGUAUCUGCAGAUGCUCGAUGUUGUUGGCUGACAACUGUUGCUACAGCGCUCAGCAUCGGAGCAAUGGCUAGCGCUAAGAUUCUGACCUCUACGGCAAAAGCUGGUGAACUGGCCAGUAGUGGAACCCGAGCGUUUUGUUCGGCUCUCAAUGUCACGGCGUUGUCGACAAGCGGAAUGGGUGUCGUCAACGCGUUCGACAGAGUCAUUAAGAAAUUGAAAAAAAACGAAGAGGUCAGUCCAUUGGAAGUUUUCCUGUUAACAACUAGCCUCUUCUUCUUUACGCACUCGCUCAUCACUUCCAACACGGCAAGCACCAUCAUCAACGAAGCUCAACACGACGAACUGGCAAGCACCAUCGACAAGGAGACCCAACACGACGAACUGGCAAGCAUAAGAAGUGCUCUUAAUACCGAAGAGCAAGCCGUUUUCGAUCAAAUAUACCAUCCGAGGCAGGAGAUGGUGGAUCCGGCUAAGAUAAGAGAGAUACGUGACAACAAAGAGUUCAUUAGAGACCUCAAAAUCAUUGAGAACAAGCAAGAGUUCCUCAGCGCUUUCAGACUGGUCGAGGGUAACCAAGUGAACGUGAAAGAGGAGGUCGUCAUCGACUCCGAAGCGUUUCUACAAAUGAGCGAAGAGAAGCAGAAUCAACUAUUAGAGAUAUUCGAGGACUUAAGGAACAACAAGAUCGAUGAAGCAGAGUUCAAUAGAAUAUAUAGCGCCAUAGGGCAAGAGUACCGAAUCACGCACGAAAGCCAGCAACACUUUGCGACGAACCAACUCCAAGAGCUAUUCGGAGUCUGGCAUCUGUCACAAGUCAAUUUAGAUGGUAAAAAUAUAUUCGAGAACCUCAAACCCCAUGAACUGGAUAGGCUGCAUCAGGUAAUGGCACAAGCCGGCAAGAAUUACCAUCCUGAUCGGUUCAGAGUUGCCAUGGAAAUGGCCAGGAAAUCGGGUUGUUCCAACGCCACAGAAUUCACUGAUGCGGCAGAGUAUGCUUUCCGCCAAAUGGACUCAGCCGUAAGUUCGAGAAUGCAGAAUCCUAAUCCAACAAGACCGGAAGGAAUGAAACCAGAAGAUUUUUACGCGAUCCUAGUUGCGGACGAGUUUAUUAGCAAUCUGCAAACGAGUGAUGCCACUGUCAAUAGCUUUAAAAAUUUCAUGAAAGAUUGCAAAACGUUCAAUACGGGAAACCCGAGAUUCGGCAAUUCCAUGGCGGCAGCAAACCACUACGAUAAACAUCCCCAUUUUCCGGAAAUGAAUCCUAACAAUAACAUGUCGCCUGAACAGUAUAUCAAAAUAGCUACACAUCUGAGCUCGGGUCCUAUGGUAAAUCCUACCUGGACCCAAUAUGGGUAUACUCUUGUUUGCAAUUUUACCAGUGAAAAGCAUGGCGCAGUCGCUGUUCGCUUCUUUAACUUGGCCAACAAGAAAUCCGUCAUCGCCACUUUAAUGAAUGCGGAUUUGUUGAAGCCAAUUGGUUUUUCGCACAUCAUAUCUACUGAAGACCUUCGCGACGGUCUAAACGAAUAAACGAACAAUAAACCUUAGGGGAUUUCCAAACUGGAGGAAAAUACCGAAGCUUAAAUGCAAAUAGAAAAAAAUAUUAUCAAUGACAAAUUCAAUCAUCAAAUCAAUAUAAAAUUCUGUAUGGGGGUGAGUCGAAUAGAUAAAUACAAUAAAGUU